AUGGCAAGGCGAGAAGACGACUCCCACACCAACGGGUCCGUGUUCGAGGCGUCCGUGGAGGAAGGGAGGAAGGACAAGGCGGAGGUGUACGACGAUCACCAGCCUGAGGCUCACGAAGAUGCGGUCUGCGGCAUGCCGGCGUCCGUCUCGUUCCUUCAGCAGCUCCUCGCCGAGUUCUUCGCGACGUUCUUCUUGAUCUUCGCCGGCUGCGGCGUCAUCACGGUGAACCAGAAGAACGGCAUGGCCACGUUCGUGGGUGUCGCUGUGGUGUGGGGCAUGGUCGUCAUGGCCAUGAUCUACGCCGUGGGACACGUCUCCGGCGCGCACAUCAACCCCGCAGUCACCCUUGGCUUCGCCGUCUCCGGCCGGUUCCCCUGGAGGAAGGUCCCGGCGUACAUGCUGGUGCAGACGGUGGCGGCGACGGUCGCAAGCCUGAUGCUGCGGUUGAUGUUCGGCGGGAGCCACGAGCCCGCGCCGGUGAACCUCCCUGGCGGCUCCAACAUCCAGUCCCUCGUCCUCGAGUUCAUCAUCACCUUCUACCUCAUGUUCGUCGUCAUGGCCGUGGCCACCGAUGACCGAGCGGUCGGGCAGAUGGCCGGGCUCGCGGUGGGCGGAACCAUCAUGCUUAACGUCCUGUUUGCCGGGCCGGUGUCGAGUGCAUCGAUGAACCCGGCGAGGAGCAUCGGGCCGGCGCUGGUGGGGAGCAAGUACAAGUCGCUGUGGGUGUACAUCUUCGGGCCGUUCGCUGGCGCGGCGGCCGCAGCGUGGGCGUAUGGCCUCAUCCGCCCCACCGACAAGACCCUCGGCGAGCUUACCAAGAGCAUCUGCCGGACCAACUGA